AGGCUCAAUGUGUAACCACUAAGACUGCUUGGUACAAGGAUGAUUGUUUGCGCGAAGUGAAUUACAGUAUAGUUUGCACACGGUCCCUUAGUGUACUCUUAGAACAACCCGUUGUUUAGUUGGGUUGGCGAAGAGAAGAAACGUGUUAUUGGACAGUGAUGUAAUCGGAGUGCGCAGGACCUCUCAUAAUGACAGCUCUUCGGCAUUCCUACAGCUGUGGCUGCUUUUAUACUGAUAACAUAUUUAUACAAGAGUUCCACGUACAUGUGAGAUACACAGGCGAGCUGCAGUUUAGACGGGAUUAUGAGAGGUUGCUGUCCAGUCGGGGAUGCAGGACAUCGGAGCAGUUCAGAAAUGUCUUGGAAAUGAUUAAAAUGGAAGUGGAAAGAAGAAGGAAGUUAGGUGAAGAGUCAUUGCACAGGAGAACAGAAAUUUCUCUCCACUACAAGCCAUUGUACCCUGAGGUCUACCUGCUGCAGGAGUCCUUUUUAGCAGCAGAGUUUUUAGCAGCAGUCAGAUACAGUAAGUCUCCCCAGGCUAAUAUAGAGGGGCUCUUACACCACCUUCACUCUAUACCAGGUAAUGGACACAUACCAGACAAGAGGAUCUAUCGACUUCCAGUAUUUAUUCCAGAAUUCUGUGCGAAGCUUGUAGAAGAGCUUGAGAACUUUGAAAGAUCUGACUUGCCAAAGGGGCGUCCAAACACAAUGAACAACUAUGGGAUACUCCUGAAUGAGCUUGGUUUUGUAGAUGAAUUGACUGCCCCUUUGUGUGAGAAGUAUAUCCAACCUCUUACCUCUUUGCUGUAUCCAGACUGGGGCGGAGGCUGCCUUGACAGCCACAGGGCAUUUGUUGUGAAAUAUGCUCUACAGGAAGACCUGGAUUUGAGCUGCCACUAUGAUAAUGCAGAGGUCACUUUAAAUAUUUCUCUGGGAAAAGAAUUUAUAGAUGGAAAUCUGUAUUUUUCAGACAUGAAAGAGGUUCCAGUCAAUGAGAGGACAUAUGUAGAAGUUGAACACGUAACUGGCCAGGGGAUAUUGCACCGAGGACAACAUGUUCACGGAGCUCUUCCCAUUACCUCAGGAGAAAGGUGGAAUCUGAUCCUUUGGAUGAGAGCGUCACAUGUUCGCAAUAAAUGCUGCCCUAUGUGUGACAGGGAGCCUGUACUUGUGAAGACCCUUGGUGAUGGAGAUGGAUUCACAUCAGUUGGAGAAGAAAGGGAACAGAUGGUGGAUGUUUGCACUUUAACUUAGAAUAAAAACCUGUUAUAGUAAACUUUUAAAAUCUUUUAAUGACUAGGAAGCAGUUAGAUUUUGAUUGGAGAACAGAAAACAAAGAACAAAACAAAUCGGAGUCUAGUUCUUAUCUUGAGCUGGUUGCUUAAGAAGAUAUAUCAAGAAUAAAUGCUAUAGGUCUAUAGUCUCAACAGUGACAUUGUGGAAGAAGCCAAUUAGACUUGCAGCUGCAGUUCUUAACCUAAGAUCUUUGGUACAUGGGGCAAUUUGAGUGCCAUUUUUGAUUUCUUAGGAAUAAAUGUGAGUGAUGUUAACUGUAUUAUUUUCUUUUGCAUCAUAUGGUGCUUAAAGGAGAAAAAGUUAGGCAUCUCCCAGUGAUUGUAUUGAUUUACCUAAUAACCCUGGGCUGGUGCUCCUAUCAGCAGAAAAACUGCCAUGGCCCAGUGUUGGUCUCAGUGAGCACCAUGAAGCGAUCCUCUUCCUGCUGCCUCUCUCUUACUGAUGAUGGGCAUGCAUAUAGAGUGAAAAGCUAAACUUUAACAAUUCAGCUUUUUCACUUAACUGCGCAUGUUUCGGCCAAGGGGUAGUGGAAAAAGAAAAAUCACUACAUGGAGCUCACUCAAGAGGAACCCUGGGCCAGUACAGGUUCUGCUAAAAGGAGCACCAGCCCAGGGUACAUGGUAAGUGAAUACAAUCACUGGGGGGGUGCCUAACUUUUGGCACCCCUCAGUGUUGUGACUUUCCUGCUCCUUUAUAUAUGUUUUUAUUGAAUGUGUUAGCUAUACAUAGCUUUCUUAGCUUUGAAACCAACAAUCUGGUAAGACUUUGCUUUACUGUUUCUUCAUUGUGCCUGUUUAUGUUUGUAUGCUAUAAAAAUAAACUACAGGCAGAAGCCUGAAAACUUUGUGUUGCCAA